AUGAAGGUCUCUGUGGCUGCCCUCUUCAUCCUCAUGGUCAUGGCCUUCAGCUCUCUGGCAUCCUCUGUACCAAUGGGCUCUAAUCCUCCCACCUCCUGCUGCUUCUCCUAUGUGAACCAACAGAUCCCCAGAAAAUUUGUGAUGGACUACUAUGAGACCAGCAGCCUGUGUCCCCAGCCAGCUGUGCUGUUUCAGACCAAAAGAGGCCGGCAGGUGUGUGCCAACCCCAGUGAUGCCUGGGUUCAGAGCUAUGUAGAAGAUCUGGAUCUGAACUGAGGGGCUCAGGUGCCUGGAAGAAUGAAUCUCAAAGGGAAAU